AUGGAACUUCCAUCAAGCUCGCGUACGACCGUCACAGCAACCGGAGCGACCCAGGAAGAAAAUCCAGAAAGUCGCGACGUUCCCUUUCCUUUCCUGGAGCUUCCACCCGAGUUGUGCCCGCGUAUUGUGAAGCAUCUGGCAAGACUUAUCGCUUUGUCGUACUACAGUGCGCAGUUAGAGAAAAACGGCUUUUGGGAAAACGCUCUUGUUUUUGCAAGCCAGAAAGUAUUCGCAAUGGAGGCGAAUGAAGUCAACAGCAAGAAAGACGGAUGGUACGACAAGAGCCAGACAAGACGUUUUGUAGUACCAGAACCUGGCAAACUUCCAGACUGCUUAGACUCUUGUGCACUUGGUUAUGUGGAACAGGUGUUCUUCUAUAUGGUCAAAAUUGAAACCAUUGCACUUGGGCACAUAGUUAGUAAGCUGCGAAAGAAUCGUAUAAAUGUUACCGCAAUGAUUUUCUAUGGCGUGGAGUUCGCUUGUGAAGCUAGUUCACUAGUUGACCUCUUCGGUGUUUCGGUUACUAAAUAG